AUCAAUUCAUGGUUGUUUGCUCAAGCCCAACUCCUCCAUAUUUUUCGCGGGACAUCAAUCCGUCAGUCAUCGUCUCAUCGUUCGCCUUUCAGAGGAAGAGUAAAAAUUAUCAGAAGCAUUAUUGUGAUCUAUUGUUAUAACAUUCAUUCCUAGACCUUGUGUAAUAACAUUAUUGUUGGUUAUUUGUUGGCGUUAGAAUAAAGGAUUCUCGGGUCGCGAAAUAGUGUUUUCAUUUUCGCGUAGGUUAAUACUAAGCGUUUCAGAAAAUCCUCGAGGGACGGCGUGAGUCCCAGCAUAGCAAUAGCUGGACAUUGACGGUUCAUGUGACAUUACAUAUCCUUUUGCAGAAUUCUACACCAAUCAGAUACCUCGUCGUCCGUUAGCUAGAUGACACUGUAGUCGCUAUCCCAAACACUUGGGUUAUGCGAAGUGGUUUAUGUGCGUACAGCAGCACAGCAAGUCAUCUAGAGCCUAUGUUUACCGGGGCCGGAUGGUCAGUGUUUCAAUUCCGUUAACUGAAGGAAUUUGACACGUAUGAGAAUUGUAAAAGGUGUGUAGAGGUUUCGGCAAACAAUGAUCAAGGCGCCAAAAAGGAAGACAUGAACGAUGAUACGUUGACAAUGCCUAGUAAGAGACCGAAAGGGCAGGUACCGUUUUCUGUCUAACGUAUUUUUCAGGGAUGCCAAGAAAAAUGAUAAAAAUUUCCUUUAUAACUCUAUGGAUAUUGAUGUAGCCGCCAGUGAGGUUGGUCGCAUAAAACCGCAUUAUCCAGAUUAUAACAUAUUUGAUGACUUCGUGGCCCCAAUUCCAAGGUGCCCCCAUAUUCCAGUCUUCAUCUCCUAUUGGCAAAAAGACAAAUUGCCGUCUAACGAAGAUGCCACAGAAUCGACAAAUAAGAAAAUACUCGAUGCUGUGAUGGAAAAUAUCAAUUUGAAUACAAAAAUCCUGAACACUGUUACGGCGUUUCAAAAAUCUCGACUGCAAACCAACUUUCCAGCAAACAGUGACAUAACAGUGGAGUUUCCGAUAGAGAAUGAAGACCAGCUACGGAUGCUGGAAGCGUCUUUAAGAGACGACAAGUACAAACAGCAAUAUACUGCUAAGAUGGUUACUUGCCUUCAGAGUGGUCCAAAGUUAUCACUUAAGGUCAUGAUGCACCAUGUUCUAAAACCUGAAGUGGGUUUGAAGUUUACAUUCCAGGGGACUGACAAAGGCAAGCAUUGUGCCUUAUGCCUUUUAUAAAAUAAUGAGAUCUUCCAUUUGACUUUUUGAAUGAG